ACAGAAAUAGCGUCAAGAUGGCCGAUACAUUAGUGCUGCGGGCUCUGAAAGGACAGCCUCAAACAUUAAAUCUUUCCAGUAAAAACUUAAGUAAUAUACCCAGAGCGGUUGGAAAGCUCUAUAGACUUCAGAAUUUACAACUUAAAAGCAACAAAAUUGUCAAAUUACCGAAAGAAUUCACUUCGCUGACGACGCUUGUUACACUUAAUCUUGGAAAUAAUUGCUUAGAAGAGAUACCAGAAGAACUCAGUGCAUUACAUUCUUUAGAAGUUCUACAUCUAUUCAACAACAAAAUACAGAACAUUGAGUCCAAGACUUUAGGAAGCUUGAGGCAUCUUAAAUUUUUGAAUCUAAACAACAAUCAAAUCAAAUCUCUUCCAAUUUCCAUGAACAAGUUAAUCAAUCUUGAAUACCUGAGUGUAGAUGGUAACCAACUAACAACCCUCCCUGGGGAAUUAUGUGCUUUAAGUCAUAUGGUUGAGAUCCAUGCGGCUAAUAACCAGCUGACGUCACUUCCUAUGGAACUUGGUUUCCUGGUCAAACUCAAGAAGUUUCACGUCCAGCAGAAUCGGAUCAAGGAAUUACCGGAAGGAAUGGGAAAACUUAGGAAUCUGGAGGUCAUCGAUGUCGCUGCUAAUGAACUGCGUAUCUUCCCAACAGAGUUACACAAACUACCCCUCAAGGAGCUUUAUUGUGAAGAAAACCCUCUGCUAGAUAAGAUUCCAGUACAGUCUAUUCAGGAAGAUGAGGUUUUAACACUCAAGGAACUAACUGCGAGAUAUGUCAUGAAGCAACUUAAAGACAGGCGUAGACUGGUGAAAGUCGGUGGCCAGUUAUUUUAUGAAGAAAACCCAGCGUGGUCUUAUCUCAGACGUGCUAUCAGACAUUACCCUAACGUGCGUGACAUGCUUGCCCAAGCCAGUAAGUGCGCCCUCUGUGGCGAAUCCUUCCUUAAUACCUGGCUGGAAUGUGUGUGCUUCGUAGAUGGCCAUAAGGAUUUGAAGUUGGGUAACUCUCCAGGCAAGAUCCCCAUCCGAGCCCUGCUCUGCUCUUACAAGUGUUUCAAUCAACCAGGACAUGGGUUCUAUGGUGUUGCAUUCCCUUGAAGAAAACAAAGAACAUCCGACACUUUGACGUUUGAGUGCGAUCUUCAACACGACGAGAGCAUUGCUUCAUCAAGAGAGACAUUGCCAUAUUGAAUCCUGCCUGAGGUAUCAGAUCACUGCUGAUGCAUUUCUUCUUCAAUGGGAUCUCUGAAGAACACUGAUCAGCAUGAACUUUUCUUGUUGACCCUGCUGAUGGAUCAUGGACCCUAACAUGAUAGGACAUUGUAAAAGGGAAAGCAAGUAAACCAAUGACUAUGUCUCAACAUUUUUCACACUGUAGACCUUGCAUCUUCAGGCUUUUUGAUUGACCGUUGCCGAUGGACAGCCGACAAAAUCAUACUAUGGAUCCUACAUGUACUCUCAUUAUCCUUUCACUACAUGUUUGAUCCGUCUUUCUCUUCCUCUCAUGUCAUCAGAUUUCUACCUCAUUAUCCAAUCUUUUCAGCAUCUCUUCUUUGAAGUUCUUCAAACAGCUUUUUAUCGAGACAUUCUCUAUAGUAGAUCCACAGUGAGAAGUGAUUUGUGUCUAACCUUUUUUUUAAUAAAGGAUGUAAAUCUUGGAAUACAGAAGUCAGUUACCACCAAGAGAUGUGUACCGGUAAUUUGAAAGAUUGUCUUAAAACUUGUACCCAAGUCUCCCCUUUGAAUCACUGCCUAUUUAGAGGGAAUGUCCACUCUGUGUUUUGUGACACAAAACUUAGCAAUUAAUCGUACGCUUUAUUUUCACGAUGAAUUGGACAUUGUAGUCAAUGCAUCCAAUCGUAGAAAAAUGUUCUACGAUCAUUGCUAAGCUUUGUGGUACGGGCCCCGGUGGGGUGUUUCAUAAAGCUGUUCGUAAAUUAAGAGCGACUUUACGAACGACUAGUGAACCUUUCUUACGCUCUAUUAAUCAACAAUGAACAUUUAAUGGUCACUAUCAUUUACCACAAGGAUCACCAGUCGUUCCUAAAGUCGCUCUUAACUUACGAUCAGCUUUAUAAAAUGGCCCCCCGGUGUCUAUUUGUUUUCUAAUGUAGAAAAUCUCUAGAGAAUCAGAUUGAUGGAAAAGCCAAUCAAAGAAUAACAGAAUUGUGAAUCUUUAGUAUUAUGAUGUCACUUUCCAGCUGCGCUCCUCCAUAUGCAGUGUAUCUAGCAUUCCAUAAACUGCUUUUGUACAGGUUAAAUCCUUUAAAAAAAAUUAUCAUACCGGGGUACACGACAUGCAGGAGAGCAGCUCGUUCUAAUUUUCUCAAAUUUAAAAAAAGAACCAACUAUCAAUCAAGAUAUAUUCAAGAUAUAUAUAUUUCUAUUUAUAUAUUUUUUUGGUUGUAGUUGUUUAUAAUAUAAACGUUUAUCAAAUAGUUGUAUCCAAAGGAACUGUUGCUGCGCUAGCGCCAUGAGCGUCUCAGGACGGUGUGUGUGCUCAAGAUAUCACUAUUAUUAUUUUAUUUUUAUAUGUAACAAACUGAAGGUUAUUAACAAAUCAAAAAUUACCAAGAGGUACACAAAGCAAUAUCAAAAUAAAACUUUGGUAUGCUUGUAAAUUGAUUUAUUUACAUAAUAAACAAAAAUAAGUUUAAAACAUUGAAUUCAUGACUUUCAAAUGAACCAUCUUUAGUACCUCUUAAUAGGAAAAGUGCAUCCUUGUGCAAGUAGUUCCAUUCAAAUACUUGAAAAUACAUGUAUAAGCAAUUCUAAUUACAGCUACAUGGUGAUUGUGUACAUACAUUUUUGUAUUGUUCAUUUUAACAAGGCUUUUGGAUACCAUACUGCCCCGGUAGUAUGUUGCCAAUUCCUCAACAGGACAGAAGACUAUGUUCAUGGCUCCUCUGCCAUAAAAUUUCUAUAAUGUGACUUAAUUUUCUCGUACACAAAAUUGGAAGAUUGUUUAAUAUAGCAACAAAUAAUACUGGCCUCCUUUAAAAAAGGCAAGCAAGUGACACUACAUUUUAUAUAUUGUUGAUGAUUAAUUCCUGGCCAAAUUUCCUCCAUGCUAAUGGCAAUGCAGUGACAAUUUGGCAUGUUUGUAAAUGACAAGACACAUUCUGCUCAUUUACAGGAAAUUGAUUUUUUGUUACUUGCUUCUUUUUGUCAAAGUAGAACAGAAUAUGCAUACUAAAUUUGAAACUUCCAUAAUUCAGCAAUUGCAGGAUGUUAUUGUUAUCUGAUGAUUAUAAAUGCAUUCUUCCCUUCCAUGGUCUUCUGAACGGAAACAAAUUUUUGCUAAUACUAGCAAAAUAAUAAACACUUGCAAUUUGGUACAAUUAAUUGUAUCUAAGACUGUUUCUAGUAUUCAUCCAAUCAAAUGAGUCUUCUACAAUGCCAGUGUUCAACACAGUUCGAUUGAUUGUAUUUAUUAUCUGAAUAUAAUUCUGAACAAAGUGUAAAUUAGACCUUUUAUAUUCAUGUAUACCACAUUUAUGCAAUAUUGUAAAAUAUUAAGUUAUAAAUAAAGACAAAUCAAAUUUCGAAA